UCUGACCGACUUCUUCAUUUUGCAUUCUUCAAGUUCCCUGUUUAUUCUGCGAAGUGGUAACCCUUCUCUGAGCUAUACCAGUCGCUAAUCACCCACCCGUGUUGUUACUACUUUCCAUACUUGACCGAUCAUGGCCGUGAGCAUCAGAGCGCCGACGAGGGCGUUGAAUGCCUUGAAGGUAAGGAAUAUUUACCCAUGUGGUUGACAUACUAUGGCUAUAGCACACCAACGUGCCGUGUCCGUCGCCAUCCCACGAAGAUGUUAUUCUGCUUCCUCAGAACCCGACCUCAAGGAGACUUUGAAGGAGGUCAUUCCCGCCAAGAGAGAGCUGUUCAAGAAGGUCAAAGCCAAUGGCUCUGCCGUACUUGGUGAGGUCAAGGUUGAGAACACCAUUGGUGGUAUGAGAGGACUCAAGGCCAUGGUGUGGGAAGGAAGCGUCCUUGAUGCUAACGAGGGUAUCCGGUUUCAUGGUCGUACCAUAAAGGACUGCCAGAAGGAACUCCCCAAGGGUAAGACGGGCACCGAAAUGUUGCCUGAAGCCAUGUUCUGGUUACUCUUGACCGGCAAAGUUCCCUCAGUACCCCAAGUUCGCAAAUUCUCCCGGGAGCUGGCUGAACAGGCCCAGCUUCCCGACUUUGUGAACAAAAUGCUUGACAGCUUCCCUAAAGACUUACAUCCCAUGACCCAAUUUGCUAUUGCCGUCAGCUCGCUCAACUAUACCUCUAAAUUCGCCAAGGCCUACGAGAAUGGGCUAAACAAGGCCGACUACUGGGAGCCCACCUUUGAUGACUGCAUCAGCUUGUUGGCCAAGCUACCCACAAUUGCCGCUAAGAUUUAUCAGAACUCAUACCGUGGUGGUGGCGCCUUACCUGCUGAUGUUGACAUCGACCAAGAUUGGUCUUACAACUUCGCAGCCAUGCUCGGAAAGGGUGGCAAGGAGAAUGAGAACUUCCAGGAUCUCCUUAGACUAUACCUCGCCCUCCAUGGUGACCAUGAGGGCGGUAACGUCUCAGCUCAUACCACUCAUCUCGUUGGCAGUGCUCUCAGCGAUCCUUUCCUAAGCUACAGUGCUGGUCUUCAGGGCUUGGCUGGCCCUCUGCACGGUCUCGCCGCUCAGGAAGUCUUGCGCUGGAUUAUCCAAAUGAAGGAGAACAUCCCAGAGAGCUACACCGAGAAGGAUGUCCACGAUUACCUCUGGUCUACUCUUAACAGUGGACGAGUCGUGCCUGGAUAUGGUCACGCCGUUCUUCGCAAGCCUGACCCUCGCUUUGAGGCUUUGAUGGACUAUGCAUCUGCUCGCCCUGAAAUCGCCAAAGAUCCGGUUUUCCAGCUUGUCAAGCUCAACAGCGAAGUCGCCCCUGAGGUCUUGAAGAAGCAUGGAAAGACAAAGAACCCUUAUCCUAACGUUGACUCGAGCAGCGGUGUAUUAUUUCACCAUUAUGGCUUCCACGAGACUUUGUACUACACCGCAACGUUCGGUGUUAGCCGAGGGUUAGGUCCUCUCGCACAGUUGAUUUGGGAUCGCGCACUUGGUCUACCUAUUGAAAGACCUAAGAGCAUCAACUUGGAGGGUAUCCUGAAGCAGAUUGGGGCGUAAAGAUGAAUCAAUUGCAUUUGCUGGCGCGCGUCUUGGUGGCGUUCACUCGGUUAUAUCCAAUCAGUUAGAUUUCAUGCAAGCUUCUUUUUUCUAGAAAUGAAUGA